CACAGACCUCAGUUUAAGUCUGUAAUGUGAAGCACAGAUUAGGAAAUGGAAAAAAAAGGCAAUUAUCCAACAGGACCAAGAACAGAGGAUCCUGAUUAUGUGAAUAUGCAGAACCGGUAUCCAAAACACAAAACAUGCCCAGGUAGGUAUGAGCGCACUGAGCUUAAAGACAAAAAGAAAACAGGAAAGAUCUUCAUAUGUGCUCUUGGUCUCCUCCUAACGCUUGGUGCUCUUUCAGCACUCUGUGCUGUAGGGAUCGUUUAUCACAAUAAAGUGGUCUCCUAUGAGAUAUUAAGUGAGCAGUAUUCUAACGUUACAACAGCAUUGAUGAUGCAGGAACGCAAAGCCAAGGAGAUAGAAAGACUGUAUGAAGCACUGAAGGUGGAGAAUCAGCAAGUUCUUGGACGUCUUUCAGCAUGCAAUGCAAAUCAAAACAGCGGACACUGUGAGGAAGGAUGGAAGUCUGUUGGUUUAAAGUCUUAUUACUUCUCCACUUUUAAGCUGACCUGGACACAGAGUAGAGAUUACUGUGUGGAGAAAGGAGGCCAUCUGGUGAUUAUAACCAGCCAAACUGAACAGGAUUUUGUAUCUUCACAAAUUGGAGAAACACACUGGAUUGGCCUGAAUGACCUGGAGACUGAGGGAAAGUGGAUGUGGGUGAACAACCAGCCCUUAAAUGAGAUGGGUAUAACGUUCUGGUUUAGCGCUCCAGAGGGACCACAUGAGCCUGAUAACUGGAAAAAUGAGGACCCUUCUGGAGAGAACUGUGCCGCUCUGGGGGAUGCAAAUGGUAAUACACAUAAAUGGUUUGAUGCUUCUUGUCGUAAGAUAAAAAGGUGCAUCUGUGAAAAGUAAAAGACUUCUCUUUUCACUUGCAUUUGUCCCUGAAAAUACUUGUUUUUUGGGGGGCUUUUUUUUGAGAAAGAAGGAUAAUUUUUGAUUGUUGAGUCUAAAUAUUUGAUAUUGUGAAACAGUUAACAUUAAAUCUACCUGUAAUUUAUUUUUUUAAACAUGUAGACAACCAGCUUUUAAUUUAAAUACAAGGUAACAAUGCAGAAGUAUGACAGAAGUAAAUUUUUUACGGAAUCUAUUAUGUUUCACUUUUCUUCGGCAUUGUAAAAAUGUCAUUGUAUUUUUAGCUUGUCUUAACCACUAGAAGAUGGUAUGAGGUGAUGUAUGUAGAUUUUCUCCUGCUGCCUUAUGGAAGUCUCUCAAAUUGUAGUGGAGGGAUGAACAAUAACUUUCUUUCAAAAGUUAUUCCCUCAGUUGGAAUACCCCCAGAGUGUGACACAGCAACAGGUUUUUCCUUUAAUUUGUCACCCAUCUCUAUAUACUUAUGAAUGAGGUGUGUCCAUUUUAUGUUAGCUAAAACUAGAUAGAAUGUUAAGUUGCUUUGAAAACCAUUAAGGAAAAUUUAAGAAUUAAUAAAAUUUUACAU